AUGAUUUCGCGGUUUCGGGGCGGUUCCGCGACGACAGGUUUCGUCAGGGGCCUGAAGACCGCCACCAGUUAUAAAUCGUCGGUGGCUGUGGCUUCGCGUCCCGUGAAGAGUCCAGCGGCGACUAGGGCCAUGGCUCCUGCUGCGACUGUCAGAUCGGGCUCGGGUUACUCGUCUGCUCGCAAAUCGCCAGCUGCUGGGUCGGGAUCGUCUUCUUCGGCUCGAUACGCUACAGCAGCCACAUCGCGAAGCACCAGAACUGCUACUUCGCGUACAAAGACGGCUGCUGCUGCUCCAGCUGCUACUUCAGCUCCUGCUAUAGAUCCAGCCAUUUUUGAAGGUUCGUCAGUUGGUCCUUCUUCUGGAACCAUUCAUUCUUCUAAAAAGAGCUCGUCUGCUACACCAGCUGAGCCAUUGGCUUCAAACACCAUUGACAGCAGCGGUAGUGCCUCAUCUGCUCCUCCAACAUUUGCCAGUUCUCCUACUUCUACUACCAGUUCAGCUGCCAAUUCAGCAGCUACUCGAAACAGUUCUCCUCAUAUCGAUUUGGCAGCCACGAAUUCAUGGACAGAGUUUGACGACUCUCCAGUCGACGAAGGGGUCGAGAACGGCGAGAACUGGACUCGAAGUUUCCGGGGUCUGGGGUCUGAACCGUUUGCCAGUCAUGUCACUGAUACUCUGUUAGCGGAGCUGAAACCAGAAGAGAUUGAAAUCACUCCUGACGGGCUGUUAUUUCUUCCCGAAAUCAGGUAUCGUCGAGUUCUGAACCGAGCUUUUGGACCUGGUGGAUGGGGACUUGCACCUCGAUCCAAGACACUUGUGACCGCGAAAUCCGUCAGUCGUGAGUACGCACUCAUCUGCCACGGCCGUCUGGUGGCCAUUGCCCGAGGAGAACAGGACUAUUUCGACCCCAAUGGCAUCACCACCGCCAUGGAAGGAUGUAAGUCCAACGCCAUGAUGCGGUGCUGUAAAGACCUCGGCAUCGCCAGCGAGCUGUGGGAUCCAUUCUUCAUCCGCGACUUCAAGACCAAAUACUGCGAGCAAAAAUACUUCGAAAAGAAGCGCCGAAUGGUCUGGAAACGCAAAGACCGCGAAUGGGAAUACCCCUAUAAAUAG